AUGGAUGAAGAAAAUGUGGCCAGCAGUGACGAGCAGCCCCUGAGUUUGCAAAAAGCCCUGCAGCAGUGCGAGUUGGUGCAAAACAUGAUAGACAUAAGCAUCUCCAACCUGGAGGGGCUCAGGACCAAGUGUGCCACCUCCAACGACUUGACACAGAAAGAGAUCAGAACACUGGAGAGUAAGUUGGUGAAGUACUUCAGCCGCCAGUUGUCCUGCAAAAGAAAGGUGACUCUGCAUGAGCGGAACGCAGAGCUGGAAGGUUUUCCGCAGCUCAUGCACUGGUUCAGAAUUGUAAACAUUCGCAAGGAAGUAAUGCAGGAGAUCGACCCUGGGCAGCUGACUUUGGAGGAAUUGCUAGAGAUGAAUGAUGAGCAGGUGUGUGAGGCUCUUGAGAAGUUUGGUGCCACCAGUGAAGAAUGUGGACGGUUAAAUGCAUCGCUCUCAUGUUUGCGCAGUGUUUACAAAUCAGGAAGUAGCCUUUCCAAGCAAGACUGGGCCAUUCCAUGGCCGGCCACAGAAACUGGAAAGGAGAAUAAUCCCAUCAACCAGCAAGAGACUGCUCAGUGGAUCCGGUCACACCUUUCACAAAGCCCAAAAGUCCAAUCCAAAUGUAUCCAGCACUACUGCCAUUUACCUAUGGCUCACGGGUCAUUGUACUCUAACGUAGACAGACUGACUGUUGAAGUGUAUCCAGGUUUGUGCCCAUCAUCAGAGACUGGUCAUAGAUCCUUACCUCCAUCCCCGCGCCAGAGACAUACAGCACAUAGUAACCCUCCACGGACCCCAAACAUAGUCACCACCAUGACCCCUCCUGGCACACCUCCUGUUAGAAGAAGAAAUAAACUUAAACCGCCAGGCACGCCACCCCCCUCAUCUAGAAAACUCAUUCACCUCAUUCCUGGAUUUACCUCUCUGCACAGGAGCAAGUCCCAUGAAUUCCAAGUGGGUCAUCGUGUAGAUGAAUCUCAUACACCCAAAACAAAGAAAAAGAACAAGCCACUAAACCUCAAGAUUCACAACAGCGUGGGCAGCUGUGAGAAUAUCCCAUCGCAGCGCUCACCCUUAAUGUCAGAACGCUCCUUACGCUCCUUCUUUGUGGGCUACCCAUCUUUCCUCCCUUCUACUCCCCCUGUUCAUACUGAACCCUCUUCUGCAAACACACUGUCAGUGCCUCGCUGGUCCCCACAGAUUCCACGCAGAGAUCUGGGAAACUCCAUCAAACACAGAUUCUCCACCAAAUACUGGAUGUCUCAGACCUGCACAGUCUGUGGGAAGGGAAUGCUGUUUGGAUUGAAAUGCAAAAAUUGCAAGUUAAAGUGCCACAAUAAAUGCACCAAAGAGGCCCCUCCAUGUCAUUUACUAAUCAUACACAGAGGAGACUCUCUGUCUUCUUUUUUCUGUUUCACUUCAGCACGGUUAGUUCGGACAGAAUCUGUACCAUGUGACAUCAACAACCCAUUGCGGAAACCCCCAAGGUAUUCAGACCUCCAUAUUAGCCAAACCCUACCUAAAACCAACAAAAUUAAUAAGGACCACAUUCCAGUGCCCUACCAGCCAGAUUCCAGCAGCAAUCCCUCAUCUACAACAUCAUCCACACCGUCCUCACCAGCUCCCCCCCUUCCACCCAGUGCUACGCCACCCUCUCCGCUCCACCCAUCACCACAAUGUGCACGCCAACAGAAGCCGUUCAGCUUACCAGGCCCUCAUUACUAUAAAUACAAACAGCAGUUUAUAUUCCCAGAUGUUGUGCCUGAAAUCCCUACCCGAGCUCCCCAAGUUAUCCUUCAUCCAGUAAACUCCAAUCCAGUUAAUGAAGGAAAUCCAUUACUUCAAAUUGAAGUGGAACCAACCUCUGAGAAUGAGGAAAGCAAUGAGCGAGCAGAGGAGUCUGAGGAUGAUUUUGAGGAAAUGAACCACUUGUUGCUUUCAGCAAGAAACUUCCCUCGCAAAGCUAGCCAGACCAGCAUAUUUUUGCAAGAAUGGGACAUUCCAUUUGAGCAACUGGAAAUAGGAGAGAUGAUUGGAAAAGGACGCUUUGGUUUGGUAUAUCAUGGACGGUGGCACGGAGAAGUAGCUAUUAGACUCAUAGACAUUGAAAGGGACAAUGAGGACCAGCUGAAAGCUUUUAAGCGAGAAGUGAUGGCUUACAGACAGACCCGGCAUGAGAAUGUGGUCCUCUUCAUGGGAGCUUGCAUGAGUCCACCUCAUCUCGCCAUUAUCACCAGCCUUUGCAAGGGGAGGACAUUGUACUCUGUGGUCCGAGAUGCAAAAAUUGUUCUAGAUGUCAACAAAACAAGACAGAUAGCACAAGAGAUUGUAAAGGGAAUGGGGUACCUGCACGCAAAGGGUAUUCUUCAUAAGGACCUCAAAUCAAAAAAUGUUUUUUAUGAUAACGGCAAAGUGGUGAUCACAGACUUUGGUCUCUUCAGUAUAUCUGGUGUGCUGCAGGCCGGCAGGAGAACAGACAAGCUCCGUAUACCUAAUGGUUGGCUCUGCCAUUUGGCUCCAGAAAUAAUUUGCCAGUUGUCACCUGACACCGAGGAAGAUAAGCUUCCUUUCUCUAAGCACUCUGAUGUAUUUGCACUUGGAACAAUAUGGUAUGAGUUGCAUGCCAGGGAGUGGCCAUUUAAGAUUCAGCCAGCAGAAGCGAUAAUAUGGCAAGUAGGAAAUGGGAUGAAGCCAAAUCUCACCCAAAUCGGAAUGGGGAAAGAGAUAUCAGAUAUUCUGCUUUUUUGUUGGGCCUUUGAACAAGAAGAAAGACCAUCUUUCACCAAACUGAUGGAGAUGCUGGAGAAGCUGCCAAAGCGGAAUAGACGUCUCUCUCAUCCUGGGCACUUCUGGAAGUCAGCUGAGUAA